AUGGGAAGACGACUGAGACUCAUCUCCUCCUCCUCCUCCCUCACCGUCUUCUUUAGUUUUAAGUCAAGAGAUUCGUGUUUCUUCUUUCAGCUCAAGUCCACUAGUUUCUGGGCAUAUGAAUCUCUAAGGUGCAUGUUGAAAGAUUAUCCUUACAUGUGA